CCGGCAAUAGCUUCCUCUGUGGUCACGUCGCCGCAUCUUGAAAUGGCGCCUCAGAAAGACAAGAAGGCUAAGCGGUCAACCUGGAAGUUUAAUUUGGACCUUACUCAUCCAGUAGAAGAUGGAAUUUUUGAUUCUGGAAAUUUUGAACAGUUUCUUCGGGGGAAGGUUAAAGUCAAUGGAAAAACUGGAAAUCUCGGAAAUGUUGUUCACAUUGAACGCUCCAAAAAUAAAAUUACAGUUGUUUCUGAGAAACAGUUCUCUAAAAGGUAUUUGAAAUACCUUACCAAAAAAUACCUUAAGAAGAACAAUCUUCGCGAUUGGCUUCGUGUGGUUGCAUCUGACAAGGAGACUUACGAGCUUCGUUAUUUCCAGAUUAGUCAAGACGAAGAUGGAUCUGAGUCUGAGGACUAGGCAAAGCCUCCUUAUAGGGCUUUGCUUACUAAUAAACAGAAAUGCACCAUACAAGAGAAAGAAACAUCUAGGAGUGGACUUUUAAUUUAUUGAAUAAAAAACAUUGUAGACUCUU